ACCUCGUAUCUUUACCACAUCUUUGUUUAGAUAGAUGGAAGCCACAAAUUUGGAAGCCACAAAUGGCAUCUUAGGUGAGAGUGAUAAUAAUAAAGAAGAGAUUUUAAGCGUGAAAAAAGGUGCAUGGUCUUCUCAUGAAGAUUCUCUACUCAUCAACUACAUCGUCAUUCAUGGCGAAGGCCGUUGGAAUUUUGUUGCUCGAGACUCAGGGUUGAGGCGAACGGGGAAGAGCUGUAGAUUGAGAUGGAAAAACUACUUACAACCAAAUGUGCGACGAGGGAAUUUCACACUUGAGGAGCAGCUUCGUAUUAUGGAGCUUCACUGCCUCUAUGGAAAUCGGUGGUCGAGAAUAGCCAAAUUCUUGCCUUAUCGAACAGACAACGAGAUCAAGAACUAUUGGAGAAGUCGAGUUGUGAAUCAUGCAAAGCAGCUGAAAUUCGACACGAACAGCGCCGAGUUGAGGGAGUUCGGCCGUGACAUUUGGCUGUCUGAGAAAAUUGAUGCAUCCCAGUCCCAGUGUAAUACUAAUAAUGUUGAAGAUGAGAUACUGAUGAAUCACGAGGAGGCGCUACAGAUGGAUUAUUGGGGCAAUCUGUGUGACAAUAUUAUUCCGUUGGAGAUCAUAGAAGCCAAUCAAAUUGCAGCUACGGAUAAUUUAUCUGAGCAUAGUGGUUGUGGACUUUAUAGUUCCACGUUGUUCCAACAACAGAGCCAUGGUCUUGGUAGUGUUGAUGGAAGUGAUCAUAAUCCAUGCUGCUUCACUUGUGGGGAAUUAUCAAAUAUGCUAUUGAGUGAUGAUUACUUACUUUAAUUUAAGGAGC